AUGCAAACAUCGAAUAACUACAUUGUUCCUUAUUAUCCAUUCAAUUUCGAUCACAAUAAAAACAUAUUUUCAAUAUCGGAUAAAACAUCACGAGUCUAUCCAACUCCAAAUGCAUGCGUCUGUACCUGUGGCUCAAUGGUGCUUAAUCCCUCUAUAUCUUGCAGUGAUGCACAAAGUUGUGUACACGUUUGCCUACGAAUGUAUUCAUCAGCAUGUACCUUAGUUAACACGUAUGGAUGUUGCGGCUCAUCUUGUUCAUAUCUAAAUACACAGUCUCCGCAGAAUAAUCAUUGUCGAUGUAACUGUGGUUCAGCAAUCUAUUCGAAUCCAGUAGAUUUAUGCAUAUCGGCAACAACAUGCGCUGCACAAUGUAUAACGAACUUUCCUGGAGUAUGCACGCCGAUGAAUACACAAGGAUGUUGUGGAUUAAACUGUUCUUCUUAUAUUCCAACAUGUUCCUGUAACUGUGGCCAACAAUACUCAAUUGAGUCAUCGAUUCCAUGUACAAAUACUCGUACAUGUUUAGAACAAUGUACAUCGUCGUACAGUGCAUGUACACAACCAAAUGCAAAAGUUUGUUGUGGUAUUGAUUGUGUAUAUCCACAUCCAUCGUGUACAUGUAUGUGUGGUGGAAAUACCUAUACAACCAUAUCAAUUGUAUGUAGUUCAUCCCAACAAUGUGUUCAAGCAUGUCUUCAAGCAAUUGGACAAUGUACGGUUACGAAUACUCAAGCUUGUUGCGGAAGUGACUGUUCGUCGUAUGUACCAUCGUGUCGCUGCCAGUGUGGCAACCAUCGGUAUUAUUCGACAUUGAAAUGUCGUAAUAGCGAUCAAUGCGCAAAUACUUGUAUAAAUCAAUUCGGAUUUGCUUGCACAAAAUCAGAAACUUAUGGUUGUUGCAAUGGGACAGAGUGUGUACGUUUUAAACGUCUGUCUCAUUCAUCAUCGUCGUUCUUAACAUCCAAUAUUUUUCAGCAGUUGACUAUGAUAAUAACAGUAAGGAUAUCGAUAUUUUUUAUGUAG